GCGUCGACUUUUUUCAGACGCGCAUCAGCCUGCAUCCCGUGCGCUGGUAGUGCCUUCUAUAAAUUGAUCAAUUCGCAGCGCAGUUCAGUGCCCUAGCCGUUGCAGCUCGCAGCGAAGGCCUGUGACCCACCUGUGCUCUCCCGGCGGGCGAGUCACGACACCCGACGCGUGCGAGCCACCACGACGCCGCCGACGCGCGUCUUGCUGCUCGCCGCCGCGUGCGAAGCACUGCUCCUGCCGAAGCGGCAGCGGCAAACAAAAACCCUGGCGCCCUCGAACCGCGGCUCGUUCCGCUCCUCAUCACAAACACCACUCAGCGCCUCGAGCGACUCUCUGGCGACGAUGCCGGACGAAGAGCCGGCCGCGCGGCCGAAGCGCUCGCCGCUCGCCGUGCCGACGGCCCUGUUUUAUGCGAUCACGUCGGUGGGAAUCAUAUCGGCGAACAAAGUCACAUUAACACAAUACGCGUUCCCCUCGGCGAGCGUCCUGGCUUUUUUGCAGUUCGGGGUCACGGUCGCCUGCCUUGGAGUACUGAAGAUUCUCGGCGUGAUUGAUUUGGCGCCGCUGGACGCCAAGUCCGUAAGAGUGGUGCUGCCGUUGACAGCUCUAUUUCUAGCAGAUGUUUUGAUGGGCCUCUUCGCGACCGGCAACCUCUCGCUCCCGAUGUUCACGGUCCUGCGACGGUUCUCCAUCCCGACGACCAUGCUGUUGGAGCGGUUCGUGGGCCAGUCGAACCCUACUUUAUUAGUGCAGGCGGCGGUCUGGGGCAUGGUCGGCGGCGCCGUCAUCGCGGCGUACGACGACCUGGGUUUCGAUAUAAGAGGCUACACGGCGGUGGGGCUGAACGACUUGUUUACCGCUUGUAGAGGCGUCUAUUUGAAACACGCGCUGGGCCCCGCGUCGUCGACGUCCCACACGAAAAAAGAUGUUGAAAGCGGCGAAGAAGCGCCGAAGCCGCUGUCGAAACUUUCAUUACUAUUCUACAACGCCCUGCUGUCGGGCGUCGUGCUCUAUCCUUACUUGAGAUGGACCGGCGAUUUGGACGUCGCGCGGCAGUGGUUCGACGCGCCGGCGGAGGGCGCGGUGGUCGCCGUGGCUUUGUCAGCUUCACUAGGCCCGGUCCUGCAGUACGCCAUCUUCGUCUGCACGCAGCACAACUCGGCGCUCACGACGACGGUCGUCGGCGCGCUGAAGAACGUCGCCACGACGUACGUCGGCAUGUUUCUGGGCGGCGACUACGCCUACUCGCUCGUGAACUUCGCGGGCAUCACCGUCUCCUGCGUCGCGUCCCUGGUCUAUUCGUGGGCCGUGCUGCUGGGAAGGCAGAAGUAAAUAUCUUGUCCCC